CAUCUGUCCACUCCAAGGAAGGUUCAGUUCUCUCUGAGACUCAAGUAAGCACUCGCGGGAUCACAAAUCCUCUCCCUUUUUAGACUCUUCUGUGUCUCUUUUGUGUUUCACUCGCUCUUUUUGAACAAAGAUUUUCCUUUCCAUGAGAACCCAUUUUUAGCCCAAUCUUUCUUCUUUAGUCCAAUCUUUCACUCUCUUUGUAAGAUCAAGAAAUGGAUUUCAACAAUUUUGAUACUGUAAAAGCAGAGAAAGUUAAUGCAAUGAAGAAAUACAACAACUUACAAACCUUAACAAAAGUGUUUCGUUUACUGGAAUUCUGUCUUGCUUUAAUCCUCUUCUCAUGGAUCUUUAACAAGCUUCCAUUUGCUGUCAAGAUUUCCGGGGAGUUUCUCCGGUAUCUAGCCCGCAUAAUAGCCAGCCCCCUCUUUGUUUUCUUGCUUUCUAACGGGAUAAUUGCUACCUUGAUAGCGAAAUCCGGCAGAUUCUCCGGCGAGAAUCCCGGCGCAGACAAUGCUGAUACUCAACUGUACGAGGAGCUUGUAAAAAACACUGACAGCAACCGCAACUGUCCAAAGCCAUUUCUCUCAGAGAAUCCUGAUUUGUUAUUGUCUCAUGCCGCGACAGCGACAGCGACAGAGAUGGAGACAACAACAAAAGAGGAGGAAGUAGUGUUCCAAGAAAAACAUAUCGUCAUCUCCGAAGAGAAUACUUCCACUCGCACUCGUGAAAAUGGGGAUGAAGAUCACGCUCCUGACGCGGAAAUACAUUCAGACUUGGAUUCUGACUGCGAAAACAUGAAAUUUCGGAGGACAAAGUCGGAGAAGAUGGAGAGGAAGAAUUAUGUGAGGGAAAAGAAGCAGCUGCUGCGGAGAUCGGAGACAGAGAAGUUGGGGUCAGGAGAGGAGAAUUUGCUUUGCAGAGAGAAUGAGUUGAGUGAUGAAGAAUUUCAGCGUGCCGUUGAUGAGUUCAUUGCAAGGAAUUUGAUGUUUCGUCGACAAGAGUCCAUGUGUGUUGUUGUUCAAAAUCAGAUCACAAAUAUUGCUGAAAUUGAGAAACAAUGUUAAGAGAGAUAAAUAAAAUCUAUGAAUUUCUGAUUUUCCUGUUUUCA